UCUGCUCUGCCGUCCACAUGAACAGCCUGUAUCUUGAACGGCAUGGAUGACAACUAAUCCCCGUGCUGAAUUGAACUCUAACUCAUCAUCAACCAUCAUCAUCGAUCCAACAAUGUCGGUAAUGUCAGCCAUCGUGUCUGGUCUGAAAUGCCGUGCCUUCAUUGGACUUCCCAGCCUCUCAGGUGCCUUGAGAUGCCCGGGGGUUCAAUAUCAGAGCUCGUACACGUCCCCGUCCAUCCCUUCGUCCUGCCGAGAAGUGGCUGUGCCAUCGGCCAAUGCUCGAAUCCGCCAAUUUCGAUCUGAGAUGUUUUCGCAAGAGAAAGAGAGGCAACGGAAUCUAAUCGCUCGCUUAGAGAAAAUCGACGUGGAAUAUCGAGGCAUUCCCGCGGACACACAACUCCAGAUGAACAAAAGCGUAUCCACGCCUUAUAACGUGGCACAACAUCUGGCCGAGUAUUUGGUCGAUCGGUCGGCUUUGGCUCUCGUCAAUGGGAAAUUAUGGGACAUGCAUCGACCCUUGGAAGAGGACUGCACCAUCGAGUUAAUGCAUUUCCGCCAGGAUGACCCAUUUCAAGUGAAUCGAGCUUUUUGGCGAAGCUGUUCAUUCAUGUUGGGUUCAGUCUUGGAGGAAGUCUUCAAAGAUGACAUUUUGGUGGAGCUGCAUAGCUUUCCCGCUCCAUUCGUGAACAGUGGUAGUUUCGUCCAUGAUGUGGAUCUGAAGAUGAGCGAUUGGAAGCCCACCAAGACCGAGCUUAUGACGCUCAGUGCGACCAUGCACCGAUUGGCCGAGAAGGCCGUGCCUUUUGAACGUUUGGACGUGUCCUCGGAUUUGGCUUUGCAGAUGUUCAAAGACAAUCAGUAUAAAGUGAAACAAAUCCCAAGCAUCGCCUCCUCGUCUCAAUCAGGAUCUGAUGUCACCCUUUAUCGUUUGGGAGAUCACGUGGACAUUAGUCGGGGUCCGAUGGUGGGCGACUCCAGCUUUUUGGGUCGAAGAUGCACCAUUGCUGUGGCCCAUCCCAUACAACAUGAUGGAAAAGCAAUGUACAGAUUCCAAGGUGUGGCCUUACCCAAAGAUAUGUUUUUAAAUCAUUAUGCCUUUGGGAUCUUGGAGAAACGGGCAAUGAAGUUGAAUGAAGCCAACAUCCCCAGCCAAAUUCCAACCAAGUCACUCAAUUAAUCAUGUUCAAAUGUUUAUUAAACACGACGCCCAGUGCGGCAAAAUCA